AUGUCCGCAAAAGAUGACAAAGACAGCAGCACUGCGAGCUGCUGCGCGCUGCGCAGCAGCCGCUGCAGCGCAGCGCGACUUGCGCAGCAGCUGUCUAUACACCACAAGUGGUACCCCAGCAGGUACACCGCAAAGUUGAAGUCGCAGCGCCCCACAGAAGCAAACAAAGAGUUCGUCAGCAGCAGCUGCAGCAGCAGCAUUAUUAUUCCGGGGCUGCUCCGCAGGCUCGACAGCUUCUCCCAGCUGCUGCUGCUGCUGCUGCUGCUGCUGCCGGCUGCUGCUGCUGCUGCAGGGGGCCCUCGCGCCCAAGGAACCAGCGCCGGGGGCCCCAGGGAGCCCCGGGGGCCCCCGCUGGGGACCCCCAGCAGGGGGGCCCCCGGGGCCCCGGGGGCCCCCGGGGGCCCCAGGGGGGCCCAGGAGGGCCCCAGGGGGGCCCCUGGGGGCCCCAGGGGGGCCCCUGGGGGCCCCAGCGACGCGAACGUCACGGGGGGCCCCUGCGAAAGCGGGCACCCGUAA